AAUCACACCCGAUCGCAUGUUGACCUUUCCGAGAGCGGGAAGACGGCCUUUCUUUUUCUUCUGAGCAUCUUCUCUUGUACAGAUCAUCACACAUCAUGGCAUCUCCAUCAAGUUCGCCGCGACUGCCCAGUCCGCCGCCAAUCGCCGAAGACCAAAUCUCACCCAGCGCAGGUCUCGACAGCGAAGAGAGGAUGCUAGGAGCUUCUCAGAAGGCAGAUGUCGACGCUUCGAGGAGAAUCAGACCUGGAACAAAGGCCGAAGAUAUGCAAGAAGGACCGCCGCUGGUUGAGCUACAACAGAUCGAUUCAGCCUUCCAAUUGACCGAACACCUGAAAGCGCUACACAACGAGUUCACCCAAUCAUGCCGUGUCGCCAUGGACAAAGCUACUGCACAAUCGCUGGCCCAGCCACCGCCAGGAGUCGAUCGUGGAAUCUGGCUGUACGAGCUGUGUCGAUUCCUCACACAAAAGGCAAACGUUAUGGCUAUUGGCCUCUUUGCCGACGACCCUCCUUGCUCAGCCGCCACAUGCCCCGAGAUGCGCGCCAGUGAAUGGCAAUAUCUCUGCGCCGCCCACGAACCCCCAAAGUCUUGUUGCGCCAUCGACUACUGCUGCCACACUCUCGACUGGUGUGCUACUGCCCUUACUUCGACCAAACUGUUUCCCAGCAGACUUGGCCUGGGCACCGAGUCGCUCUCGGCCCAAGCACAGAUCCGUAAAAUGACCGAAGUCUUUCGCCGAGUCUAUCGCAUCUUCGCUCACGCCUGGUUUUCACACAGAGACGUCUUCUGGAGAGUAGAGUCCAAGACAGGCUUAUACCUCCUUUUCAAGACCGUCUGCGACGAGUAUAGAUUGAUCCCCGAAGACAACUACACCAUUCCUCCCGAGGCCGAAGGCAUCGAGACGACCCCGAUUGCCACUCGUGCUGCUCCUACAAUCCUGCAGAGAGACAGUGCUGAUUCAGAGCCCGUCGGAAAUGUUAACCUCGUAAACGGUAACACCACAAAGAGACACAGACACACCAUGAGCCACGAUCGUUCCGUAUCUGUUUCGACUGUCAUCCACGAGGAGGUCGAGGAAGAUGAAGAUGCUGAUCAGCCUAACGGGCAUGGGCCUGCUCUGCUCAGAAGAGUUGAGACAGUCCGACAUAAUGAAGAAACUCCUGCUCGACAACAUGAAGAGCAGGAGCAACAUCAAGAACAGGAGCAAGACAUUCCUGCCGAGGACCCUCCACCAUAUCCAGAAGAUACGGCUGAACCCCAACCCGAGAAAUCGCAAUCUACAGAAAACGAACCCACUACGAACACCGAUGUUGAAGUUGGAGAAGCGUCAUCCUCACAACCCACGAAAGAGAACGAGGAAGAGGCCGGAGAGACAAGCAAUUACCCAACGACCGAUCCUCCAUCGUAUGCUGAGAUAGCUUCGGCUGCCGAGUCAACGGAUGAGUCAUUAGCUGAAACUGCGUCUGCGUCUGACACGGUUGAGGAUUCCACAACAGAAGGUUCCUCUAUAGCAGAGGAGUCAAAGGAAUCAACAGAGCCUAUUUUAGCAGAAGAGGCAAAGCCAGAAGAGUCCGAGAUCGAAGUCGAAUCAGAGAAGACCGAGGCUAUGACCAAGGAGCCUGCUGUUGAAGCUGAAGAUGAUGGUGCACCAAAGCCGAAGGAUGUUGCUGAAUCAGAAGCAGCAGAUGAGACAGAGGCAACCAAGACUGUCGCCGACUGAUGAUAAAAGUCCCUCAUGAUGAUGCAUAUCACCCUUUUAACUACAUUCAAUUCAAAUAGAUACCCUUUGUAGCCAAGCCUUUGUCGC